AUGCCAACAAUUACCCUCUUACUGCUCCUCCAGGCAGUAGCCGUGCUAGGAUCAGUUUCUUCUGCUUCUUCGAAGUCAUCGCUGGGGACGUUCGAGAGCCCUUCCGCUGCAUCUCGACCACGUUUUCGUUAUUGGCUCCCCGAUGCGGGGGUUGACCCGGAAACUGUCGCUACCAACAUCAAAGAUAGUGGUGCACACGGUGCUGGUGGGGUCGAGUUUGUCCCAUUCUACAACUACGGAGGUGAAUCUGGGGACCCUCCUCCCCAAGCCGACUGGGUCACCAAUGGGUUCGGUACGCCGGCCUUUCGAGACGUGUUUCGGGCUGCCCUACAAGCACACAAAGAUUCGGGCCUGUUGAUGGAUUUUGCCUUGGGCCCGAAUCAAGGUCAGGGCGUUCCUGCUUCCAGUGACGAUCAAGGCCUACAGUGGGACCUGGUUCCGUACUCGGAAGGAUUAGCUGCUAGUGAGACAUUCAAUGAGAGAAUCCCGGGCUGGGGUAGUGGAGAACUAGUAGCGGUUGUCUCGGCACAUGUUCUCUCGCAAGCAAAUGUCUCCUUGCCAGAGGUCAAUUCGCCAUUCCUCACGGCCCAGGAUGGCUACCUCAGUGUAGUGAUCGAUGAGGACAGCCUCACUGACAUUACUGACCAAGUAUCUGAAGAUGGACAUCUUUCGUUGUCGUUUCCCGCACUUACAGAAGGUGUUGGAUAUCGAAUUUAUGCCUACUACCAGAAACGAACCCUGAAUCGAAAUCUGGAAUUCACCAACAAUUCUACAGCGACAAUCUGGGAUAAUGGCUCCUACGUUGUGGAUCAUUACAGCGCACGCGGUGCGCAAACUGUGAUUGACUUUUGGAAAACUCACAUCCUCGUCGAUGGUAUCAAGGAACUGUUGAUGGAAGUAGGCAACUGUGGCUGGGAGGACAGUAUGGAAAUCAAAUCGAACACGUCAUGGACGCCAGGUCUGCUUGAGAAAUUUGAGCAGAAGCAGGGCUAUGGCCUCAAGCGAUACCUACCAGUAGUGAACUUCGGAGUCCUCUGGCCUGACAACAACGUCAACAUUCAGCAAUUUCAACCUGGGGCAGUACAAAGCAUCUUGAAUACACUUGACUCCGGAGCGGGCUACAUCAAUGAUUUUCGCAGUGUCCUCGAAGACAGCUACCGGGAAUAUCUCCAAACUUUGGUGAACUGGGCACACAAUGAGCUACACCUUAAGCAUUCCGCACAGGUCUCUUACAAUCUUCCCAUGGACAUGGAAGUGAACAUACCUUUUGUCGAUGUUCCUGAAUGUGAGAGCCUUCAGUUUGGAGAUAACGUCGACGGCUAUCGUCAGUUUUCCGGACCAGCAUUGCUUGCUGGUAAAAAAGUGAUCUCAAACGAGAUGGGUGCGACCUUGGGCGCUUACGGUUACGCGCUUCCCACGCUUCUGUUCUCUGUGGGGCGCGCUGUUGUAGGAGGUGUGAACCAGUUGGUUUUGCACGGGCAGAGCUAUACUGGAAAAUAUCCUGAAACAACGUGGCCAGGCUAUACUGCUUUCUCGUAUUCAACUACCGAGCUCUACUCAAACAAACAGCCAUCUUGGGAUCACGGAUUCUCGGAUGUGUUGAACUUCUUUGCGAAGGUUCAGUGGACCCAGAGGCAAGGUACCCCGAGGGUAGAUGUGGCUAUAUACAACAAAGUCUCAGCCACCAAUUCUGCGUUUCCUUCGAUAUACCAAUCGGAUGAUUUAGUCAAUGAAGGAUGGUCGUGGGCAUACCUUUCCCCGCAUAAUUUCGAGCUGCCAGAGGCUACCGUGAAAGAUGGUGUUCUUGGCCCAGAUGGGCCGCGUUUCAAGGCGCUGGUAGUGACGAGCGAUAGCAACAUGACACUAGCCGGCGUGCAAUAUCUAAAGGCAUAUGCGGCCAGCGGAUUACCAAUUGUGUUCAGCGGAGGUUUGCCGGGCGUCUACGCCGCUGCCAAUGGGAGCGAAACCGCCACGGUCAAAGCGAGACUGACACAGUUGUCAACUUCCGCUAAUGUUUACACCGUACGCAAAGGCGGCAUCGCGGAAAAAUUGGCAUCUAUUGGGCUGUCGCCUCGUAUCAAAGUUCAAACAGAUGGGAAAUGGUUGACCACGUGGAGAGAAGAUUCAUCAAGCGGAGUUGACUACGCUCUCGUGUUCUGUGAUACAAACACUUCUUCCGGAUAUAUCACGGUGACUGGUCCCGCCAAGAACAAGGUCCCGUAUUAUAUGAAUGCAUGGACAGGUGAUCAAGAGCCAGUUUUUGCAUACAAUGUGACUGAUUCGGGCUUGUUAUUGCCUGUAUCACUCAAGGGCAAUCAGACGCUGAUCAUCGCAUUUUCUCCUCAUGGGCCGAACAAGUCUGGAGCCCCUAAAGUACAUGCUGUCGAAGCCCCCCUUUCAGUGAUUGGUUCUACAUUUGAUCAGAGGAGGGGUUGGAUUGCCCAUGUCACCAGUCAGACAACCGAAGCAAGAAUACACCUAUCGAACGGUAAAAGUGUUGAGCUACCUCAAAGCGAAAAUAUAGCGGGUGUGUUCAAUCUGACCAAGUGGAACUUGAUUGCUGAACACUGGGAGGCGCCUAAAGACUUCUAUGACGCGAACACAAUCGCACGAAAGUACAACACUACCCACGAAUUGUCGACACUGGUGUCUUGGAGCACGAUCCCUACCCUCACAAACACCUCGGGCUUGGGCUAUUACAGCACAUCAUUCCAAUGGCCACCUGCCCAACGGGCAGGAAAAGGGCGACUUGCAGAUGGAGCUUAUAUUGUCUUCCCAUCAAUCCUGCAUGCAAUUCAGGUCUCCAUCAAUGGACACAGAAUUCCACCAUUGGACUACACCGAUGCCAGAGCGGACAUCAGUCAGUAUCUAAAGAAGGGUAAGAACGAAGUUCUUGCAGUCGUUCCGACAGUGAUGUGGAACUACAUUCGCAGUAUUUUGUCAACUAUCAAAGACCAAGGGCACCUCCCUGGCCUGCUUACUCUCGGACUUUCCGUACCAGGUAUUCUAGAGAAUGGGUUGGUUGAGGAAGUGAGUAUAAUUCCAUAUGUGAAUUUACCGAUAACUCAAAAUUAA